GCACUAGGCAAAUUAAAGAUAAAAUUAAAUAGCCAGAAAUACGCGUGUGUGACGUGCUAAUAGUUAAAUAGUUGUGCUUGCAAUCGUAAUGCCUAAAUAGACAAUAUUUUGAGCAAGUGUUUGUGCAAUAAAUACGGGCAGCGUUUGCAAAGCGCACAAAAUAUUAGAAACAAAUUUUCAAGCUACGGCUACUGGCUGAAGCAGCAGUACAAGCCACUGCCUCUUGCCCCUGCCCCGUCGUUGUUGCCGUUGUCGUUUGUCUGCUUUGGCGUUGCGUCCCGUAUGUAAAUGUAACCGAUGGACGACGAAGGCGACCCAAACAGAUGAUAUUCAUGUUGAGAAAAAAAAACAACAACAACAAAUACGAAGCGCAGCAAAAGCAGCCGCAGCCGUAGCAGCAGCAAGCAUGUACAUAUAGCCAUAUUAUUCAAUGAGUGUGUGCGCGAGCGUAUAAAAGAAAAUUAGAUAAAAAAUAAAAUGAAAUUAGCGCACGCCUGAAUUUCGAGUUUGGCGCAAGGUGAACCGAACCGAACCGAACUGUGAAUGUAUAUAAAAAUUUAGUGCAAAAAGACGAAAACAAUUUUCUCUUUGUGUGCGUUUGUCGUGCGUGUGCGAACCUGAAAGUGCUGCCACCUGCGAUUGCAAUUGCAAUUGCAUUGAUUUACGCAUACAUACAUAGCCGAGGAUAUAUACAGCAGUAUAUAAAUAUAUAUAUAUAUAUAUGUGCACACAAAACAUACACACACACACACAUGCUGACUGACUGAUAAAAGCCUGAGACACACACACAUGCACACACUCUGACGCCUUACACAGAGCUUUUGAACCACAAGAAGAAGGCAGCGAGACGCGUUUGACUGAUUGCCGUGGCACGCAGGGCCGUCGAAGUGCUGGAGUAGCAUUUGGAGGCAACACAUCAAGUGUGGAUAGAACAGCAAGCAAGUCCAAUGUCCAAUAAAAUCAAUCCAAAGCGCCGUGAACCGACAGUAGCAGCAGCAGUAGCAGCAGCCACGGCUGUGGUGGCCACCAAUACGAGCAGCUCGACCGGCUCCAGUGCUGGCAACACAUCCUCGGCGAACACAUCGUCCUCGUCCAGCUCUUCACUGUCGUCCGCCGGUGGCGGUGAUGCGGGCAUGUCCGCCGAUUUAACAUCUCUAUUCGAAUGCCCCGUUUGCUUCGAUUAUGUGCUGCCACCGAUUCUGCAAUGCUCCAGCGGGCAUUUGGUGUGCGUCUCGUGCAGAUCGAAGCUCACAUGCUGCCCAACAUGUCGCGGCCCAUUGGCCAAUAUACGCAACCUGGCCAUGGAGAAGGUCGCCUCCAAUGUGAAGUUUCCGUGCAAGCACUCGGGCUACGGCUGCACCGCCUCGCUCGUUUACACAGAAAAGACCGAGCACGAGGAGACCUGCGAAUGCCGGCCAUACCUAUGUCCCUGUCCGGGCGCCUCGUGCAAAUGGCAGGGACCGCUCGAUCUAGUCAUGCAGCAUCUGAUGAUGUCCCAUAAGAGCAUCACAACGCUGCAGGGCGAGGAUAUUGUAUUUCUGGCCACCGACAUCAAUCUGCCCGGCGCCGUCGACUGGGUAAUGAUGCAGUCCUGCUUUGGCCAUCAUUUCAUGCUCGUGCUGGAGAAACAGGAAAAAUACGAUGGACAUCAACAGUUCUUUGCCAUUGUCCAAUUGAUUGGAUCACGCAAGGAGGCCGAGAAUUUCGUCUAUCGCCUGGAACUAAAUGGCAAUCGACGCCGCCUAACAUGGGAGGCAAUGCCGCGUUCCAUACACGAGGGCGUUGCCUCCGCCAUACACAAUUCGGAUUGUCUGGUGUUUGAUACAUCGAUUGCGCAACUGUUUGCCGACAACGGGAAUCUGGGCAUCAAUGUAACCAUAUCUCUGGUCUAAAUUGAUCGAUAAAUGUGGCUUCUAAGAAGAAGACGAUGAUGAUGAUGAUGAUGGUGAUGAUCAUGGUGAUGAUGGAGUCGAUGAUGAUGAUGAAAAUGCAUCGUUUCUAAAACGAUACUCGAUAUACAUCAUGUACAUCAGGUACAUCAUGUAUGUAUAUGUAGCUCGGCAGGUCUCUCUGUCUGUGUGUCAGUCUGUCAGUCUGUCGGUCUGUCGGUCUGUCAGUCUCGUCUGCCGUCUGGCAAUAAUAAGUAGAUCUAGUGUUUCAUUUUCGAAAAAAAAAAAACAAGAAGGAAAAAAACAAACACAUUUAUUCAACAGCGAUUUAAUAUAUAUACAACUAUUUUUUUGUGGGUUUUAGUUUAAUUUAGUUUGUAAGCCGAACGGCGUGGGCAGCUGCCACAUAACGUACAUCCAUAAAUCCAUAAAUACAUCCCUAAAAGAAAAGAAAAACACACACAAACACACAGAAACAAACACACACGUACACUAUACGCAGCCUAGUUUAGUUAAUGUAAAUUAUUUUAUACAAACAACAAUAACAGAAAAUACUUGUAAAUGCUAUAAAAGUAAACAUCACUUUUAACGAAAUUAACAAGAAUAAAAUCUAUAUAUAUAUAUAAAUAUAUAUUAAUAAUAUGUAAUAA